AUGUACAGAGUACUGUGGUUGUUAGUUGUGGGUCAAGAUAGAUGGUUUGUGGAGCAAAAUUGCCAAAUUUUACCACAGAAUUAUUACCACAGAAGUCCAUGGGUUGCAUGGGUACAUGGGUCAGAUUUUGGCUACCCAUACCCAUACCCAUGCAUACCCAUACCCAUGACCCACAUGGGUUAUCCAUACCCAUGCAAUGCACUAGUGAAGGUUAUCUUUGCUCUACCGCGCAAGCUCCCUGCGGUGCAAGGCGGAGGGCCUGCACCUCCAUGGUGGCCACGGGGUCCGCUCGCGUAUGUAGAGUGGUACACUCGCUUCGCGCCUGCGGCUGACCCCUCCCACUUGAUGUAUUCGGUGAAGAAACCGCCGUCCUCAAGCAAUGGUCUGCUGCAGGGGAAGAUUAUUCCCCUGUCACAGAUCCGGCAAUCCUGUCAGCUUACACCCAUUUUCCCUGGCGGUCCUCGCGGCACUGUUCCCGACUCCUGGUCAUCGGAAAAUGUGUUAGAAAUGGCUAGUACUUUCUACGUUAACAACUGGGGUGGAUUCUCUCUGCUUGGACUCUGCUCCCUCGAUCUUCCGCACCACCCCGUCAACCUUCCACCAUGCCUGCUCUCACCUCCGCUACAGUCUUCUACAUGUCCACCUUCCUUCCAUCUUUCCGCGAUGUCUGCAGGAAUACGGUGGCUUGUCGUAACGCCCCUCGGCCAGGUUGCGCCAAUCAUAUCACUCUCGUCGCUGUAUCCCGUUCAACCGGGCUGGUGCCCCUUAUCUCACGUAUGCGGCACCCCACAGAGCUUGCCAGUGCUGCAGCCCGACCAGGCAGACAUUGUGAUCUCACAACCCUACAUCAACGCAGAGCUACCGCGAGACUGGGAAGACGGGUACAUCUUCCUCGGAGGGGUUCACGCCUGGCACCGAAGUGUGGGGUUCCCGCUGUGUCUGCGGGAGGAGGGAAAGAAGGCGGUUGUGGAGGUCUUUCUCUACUAUGAGAAUUUCCAUGGGCCGAUGAUCCUGCCCCUUAUGUGCCGCAUGUACGACAACCACAUCGAGUUUCCGUUCUGGCAGCCAGUUACGGAGCAAGCCCUCCCUUGCCUCAAUCGCUGGAAGCGCGAUCCUGACGUGUUCCCCGUCCUAUUCAAAAUGUUCAAUGCCGAACAACGCAAGUGGCUGCCCAUCCCUUCCAUCAACGAGCUCAUCUGCAUCCCCCUUCCCUUGACCAACGUCAUCAUGAUCAAGUACGCACAAAUCUCUGCGACACCUUGGCACCACAUGUACGGCUUCGGAAUCGGACCCCGGGCUUCACGCCCAUUGAGCAACCUGCUCGCCCGGAUGUACGGCCUUCGGUACAUCUGGCCGACAGGCUUCCCCCUCCCACGCAGCCAGAUUACUUUGGCGCCCACCAUAGUUACGCGCGGCGCAUGCAACAUCCGUCUCCUUGUAACCCUGUCGGAGGGCGAGCCGGGUUACACCAUGGAGAAUGUGGAGGGUGCUGAGACCGAGGACUGA